UUAGGAAGCAACAGCUCCAGCCCGGGGCACGCUGCUCUGGGUGCGCUCGGAUGCAGCCGCCCCGGGCCCGCGCCUCCUCGUCCGCGCGCCGCUCGCCCUCCGCCCCGAGCGCCGCGCGUCUCCGGAACCGGCGGUGCGCCGGGCGCGCGUGGGGAGCCGGGGCGGGCUGGGGUGGAGCCGCAGCGCCCCGCAAACUUUGGGCGGCGGAGCGCGCGCGCCGAAGCCCCGUGGCGCGGGAUGGGGGCGGCGAGGCUACGCGCCCCGGGUCCCCACGCGCGCCUGGCCACCCGCCCGGGGACCCCCGCGCCGCCUCUACCCGCGCCCCGGGCCCGGCAACCUCGCAGCCCCGCAGCCGCCCGCGCGCGAUAGCCCACCGCAGCCUCCCAGCUGGAGUCCCCAGAGCGCUCUCCGUGCUUGGGGACACAACACCGGAGACCCCCCUUGUGGAGUGAAAUUGAAUUCACGAGCCAGUUCUCAGCGCAGUCGAAACACUGAGGUGAGCCUCGGCCUGCGCUGCGGGACCCCGGAGCCCGAGCGGCCUGGCUAUGGACCUGUGGGGACCCGGCCCAAGGCGGCCCUGCUGCUCGGGUCCCUAGUCAGAUGCGUCUUGGCCAUCCAGCUCAGCUUCUCUUCUCCGGGGAUCUGGCGACAUCCCUUCUUCAGCCAGAGGACACCACGGAGGAGCAGAGAACCCGCGCUCCGCGUCUCCAGGAUGUGCCCAUCUGAGAUGGGGACGCUGUGGUACCUCUGGUCUCCGGUACUCAUCAGCCUAGCUGCCCUGUUCUCCAAAGGGCCAAGGUUAAGAAAGGAGUGAGCAUUGUUGGGGUGAGAGCCAGCACUUCUUCUCUCUGGGACGUCAAGCAGAGCACGGAGUACACUGGGAAGUACGCACCAGCGGUUAUCAUCUGUCAAAAGAAAUCUGCUGGCUCAGGAAAGAGUGUGGAUGAUGCCUCCUACGAAGUCAUGAAGAUUGACAUCGAGGUCGAAGCACCCAGUGACCCGCCCACCACACAGCUCGUGACAUGGCAGGUUGAAUACCCAGGAGAGAUCACGUCUGACCUGGGGGUGUCCAAGAUCUACGUGAGCCAGAAGGACUUGAUUGGAGUCAUACCACUAGCCAUGGAGGCAGAGAUCCUGAACACGGCCAUCCUCACUGGGAAAACAGUGGCUGUCCCUGUGAAGGUGAUCUCAGUAGAGGAAGAUGGCACAGUACAAGGGCUGUCGGACUCGGUGGAGUGCAGGUCAUCCGAUGAAGAUGUGGUUAAGGUUUCUGACAGAUGUGACUACGUCUUCGUCAAUGGGAAGGAAAUGAAGGGCAAGGUGAACGUGGUGGUCACCGUCACCUACCAGCACCUGAGCAGCCCCCUGGAGAUGACAGUGUGGGUGCCACGGCUACCCCUGCAGAUCGAGGUCUCAGACAUGGAGCUAAACCAGAUCAAGGGUUGGCGGGUCCCCGUUGUCUCCAACAAAAGGCCAGCUCGGGACAGUGAGGAGGAAGAUGAUGACGAGAAGAGGGGCCGAGGCUGCACCCUUCAGUACCAACACGCCAUGGUGCGAGUCUUGACCCAAUUCGUGGCUGAGGCACCUGAUCCCGGGGGACACCUGGCCCACCUGCUGGGCUCUGACUGGCAGGUGGACAUCACGGAGCUGAUCACUGACUUCAUGCAGGUGGAGGAGCCCAGGAUCGCUAAGCUGCAAGGAGGGCAGAUCCUGACUGGCCAGGAGCUGGGCAUGACCACUAUCCAGAUCCUGUCCCCUCUGUCGGAUGCCAUCCUUGCCGAGAAGACCAUCACCGUGCUGGAUGAGAAGGUGACCAUCACAGACCUCGGGGUCCAGCUGGUAACGGGACUGUCACUAUCCCUGCAGCUCAGCCCUGGGAGCAACAGAGCCAUUUUUGCCACUGCAGUGGCUCAGGAACUUCUGCAGAGGCCCAAACAGGAAGCGGCCAUCAGUUGUUGGGUGCAGUUCAGCGAUGGCUCUGUCACACCCUUGGACAUUUAUGAUGAGAAGGACUUCUCCCUGAUGGCUACGUCCUUGGACGAGAAGGUUGUCUCCAUCCUCCAGGACCCCAAAUUCAAGUGGCCUAUCAUUGCUGCGGAAAACGAAGGACAGGGGGCCCUGGUGAAGGUAGAGAUGCUGAUCAGCGAGUCUUGUCAGAAGUCAAAGCGGAAGAGCGUGUUGGCUGUGGGAACAGCCAGCAUCAAGGUUAAAUUUGGACAGAACGAUGCGAACCCCAAUGGUAGUGAGAGCGGACAUCUUGGGGCUGGGCUUCAUGUGGAGAAUAUCAAUGACAGGAGGUCCAAAAAGCCUUUUCAGGAAUGGGGGAGCCCUGAGGGACCAUACUACAGCAGCUCAUCCAUGGGACUCAUGGAAGGAUGGGGCAGUACAACUAAGAGGCCAACCUUCCCGAAGAAGGAAGGCCAGGAAAACCUGUUAGAUGACAUCAUCCUCUCGCAGACCAUGGCCACAGAUCUCACCAGCUUCCCAGACCAGGUGGACCUCCCUGGGAGCAACGUGGGCACUGAGGAACAUGACCCUGAUCAAGCAGCCAAGGGGCUGAGUGACCUCGAAAUUGGCAUGUAUGCUCUGCUGGGUGUCUUCUGCCUGGCUAUCUUGGUGUUCUUAAUUAACUGUGUGACCUUUGCCCUGAAGUACAGGCACAAACAGGUUCCCUUUGAGGAGCAAGAAGGUCUGAGUCACUCUCACGACUGGGUUGGGCUGAGCAACCGGACAGAGCUCUUGGGGAACCAUAUGAACUUCGCCUCCUCCCAAGAGGAGCAGAUCACUGCCAUUGACAGGGGUCUGGACUUUGAGGAGAGCAAACUCCUUCUCAGCUCAAACUCUCAGAACAGCAUCAACGGACAGCUGUUCAGGUCCACAGGAGCCAUGCUCACAGAUGACAAAGAACAGAAAAGCGAACCCCCUACGUCCCCUACCUCCAAAAGGAAAAGAGUGACAUUUUCCACAUUCUCCGCCAUCUCCUCAGACGACGGGUGUCCUUCUGGGAACACCAUGGUGUUGAGUAACGAGGAUGAUAUUAAGUGGGUCUGCCAGGCCCUGGAUCCUGGCGAGUGCCCAGAACCUCACAGUUGCAUGGAGCGGCUACAUGAGCACGUGUAACAGAGACACCAAUGUUGUUCUUACCUUUCAGCCUUUAACCCACUUGGGUAUGGGGAGGAGACACUCACCCAGGGGAGAAAUGAGACAAGAGGACACCACAAGGGCAGCACUGUUCAUAGAACCCUGGGAAAUGGUCGCCUCUUAGCUGGGGAGACCCGGGAUCGGUACCCACACACAGGCCAUAGUGCACGAUGAUUCUUAAGAGGUUUACUGUGCAUGGCAAGAUGUUGUCAAAUCUGAACAAAGAGGCGUGUUUAAGGGUUUGCAGGGAAGUACUCCCUCAAUUUGGUUUUUUUCAGAUCCAUGCCGCUCCGAUAAUCACUAUUUAGACCAUGAAAAAGAGGGGGGAAAACGGGCAAGGUUCAGGUUGAGCGUGCAUGGAUCGGAGGGAAGAGACACGGCAUCUGAGUGGAUCAGCAGGGCUGACUCUAAGUGUACUCACAGGCAGACUGUAGAACUGAAGCUGGCUGCCGAAAGCAGGGUAUUGAGAUGGUAAUUCCCAAAGAUGGGGUCCAAGUUGACCAGGAAUUAUUGACAGGCCAAGGAAGAGGUUAGCAGGGCAGAAAGGAAAUGGGUAAAUGAGCCCACAACUGUCUUUGGAACUACAUGACAAGAAACACACACACACACACACACACACACACACACAUACACACACACAUAUAUCAUUGGAGCAAUUGAGAGAAGUUCCCUGUCUGUAGAACCACAUGGCUCCUUAUACAAGUUCACUAGAUCUGAACUUGAUCACAACACUCUAUUGAUGCCCUUCAGCCAUUGAUUAUUUGUGAGUGAGGAAGGGAGGGUGAUUCCCAGAUUUUGCUCCCCGCCUCAAUUCCCCCUGAACUUUGUACCAACUUCAGGUGGCAUUCUAUAGAGGGGGGUCCCAGAGGGGGGUCCCAGGAACACGAUUCCCUGUAAAGAGACUAGUCACCAGAGUGCGAACAGGACUCCAGGUGAAUCCCCACCCCCACCCCCUGCUUUCCUAGAAACCACAGAGGGCCUGUUUUGUGAUAGGCUCUGCUGCCGCUCAUGUUGGGUCUCCUGCCCAAGAAUUUCUCAUCAGGGUAUUAAGACAGAGCCAUCUGUUUAGUUGCAGACUGGCCCUUCUGAACUGUCAGAGGUGAGGGUCAGGAAAGUGGGCUUGCGCAUGCUUGGACAGCAUGAGAGAGAUGAGCGGGUAUACGGAGGUGUAUGUGUGUGUAUGAGGGUACGUGUGUGUCUGUGUGCGGGUGUGCAUAUAGCGGGUAGCUGUGUGUCUGUGGAAGCUGUGUGUGUGUCUGUGGGUGCAUGUUUGGGUGUACCUGUUCUUACAAGCACUUGGAGCCCAAGUCAUCCCUGAAAGGAUUAAUUAGCUUGCUUAACGUCAAAAUAUCUCUACGAUUCCUCAGAUCCUAAGCCUAUGAAGAUGGUAGGAGAGGCAUGAUGGGGGGGGUAGGGGUGGGGAUCCCCCCCACCCCAAUCCAGGUCUCACUGUGAAGUGAGGAUGAUGGGUUGAGGAGUAGCUGUGACCGUGAUGGGUGAAGGAGACUAGUCUCUGGGUAUUUCUAACACCGUCAUUUACUUCCCUUUUUCUUUCCGGUUACUUUCUGUCUUUAUUGCCUUGUCUUUUUCGUCAUCCCCCUUUUCCCUCCCCCUCCUCUUAUUAUUCUCAUCCCCACCAUAUAAGAGAACCUCCCUAGAGGAUGGUGAGUCCCACCUCCUCUUCUUCCCCUCAGACCCUCUCCCCUCUGACUGUGGUGCUAAUCCUUUUGUUCUGACAGCCAGCAAGCCACCCAGUUUCCCCCCCUCCACGCCCCCCCCCAGCUCCCAGGAGACUCUCCCUUCUUUGGGGUGGGUGAUGAAGCUCUUACCCCUUCCCCACCACAAUCCUUCGCUUCUGUUGUUCCCGGUUCUUACCCACAUGACUUUUCCUCGACUACUGCAGCAGACGCCUGUUCCCAAAUCCCUCCCCGUGUAGAAUGUAUUGUAGAUUGUAAGAAUGUAAUCUAUAUUUAUAAAUUUACUGACUGUAAAUAUAAAACAUGCACUCUGCGGCUUUA